AGAGAGAGAGAUUCUAUCUGCUACCUCAAACUCUGAAGAAAACACUCUUUCUUCACUGCCAUUGCCAACCUCUUCUCGUGAGUUUGUGUGUUCCGAUUAUGAUGAGAGCCCCAUUAUUAUUGCCGGUUCUCAGCUUGCUGAGUGCCGUUCUGUUUGUGCAUGCGGCGGAGGCUGCCGUAUUCCCGGAUGAGCCGGAGAGCGUGAGUCUGGACACGGGUGGGCUGAGUAGAGACAGUUUUCCGAAGGGGUUCGUGUUCGGGACGGCGACGUCGGCAUAUCAGGUGGAAGGGAUGGCUAGUAAGGAUGGCCGUGGGCCCAGCAUUUGGGACGUCUUCGUUAAAAUUCCUGGGAUUGUUGCUAAGAAUGCGACUGGAGAAGUGUCGGUGGACCAAUAUCAUCGCUACAAAGAAGAUGUGGAUAUCAUGGCAAAGCUCAACUUUGAUGCGUAUCGGUUCUCAAUUUCAUGGUCCAGGAUUUUCCCAACUGGAAGGGGGAAAGUAAAUUGGAAGGGCGUGGCAUACUACAACAGAUUGAUCAACUACUUGCUCAAAAGAGGCAUCACCCCCUAUGCAAAUCUAUAUCAUUAUGAUCUUCCCCUCGAACUUGAGAAGGAGUACAAGGGCUUAUUGAGUGACCUAGUGGUGAAAGACUUUGCGGAUUAUGCAGACUUUUGUUUCAAGACAUUCGGAGACAGAGUGAAGAAUUGGAUGACAUUUAACGAGCCUAGAGUAGUGGCUGCUCUUGGGUAUGAUAACGGGUACUUUGCUCCUGGAAGGUGCUCUAAGGCAUAUGGAAAUUGUACUGCUGGAAAUUCUGCAACUGAGCCCUAUAUUGCUGCCCAUCAUUUAAUUUUAUCUCAUGCAGCUGCAGUGCAGAGAUACCGUGAAAAGUACCAAGAAAAACAGAAAGGAAGGAUUGGAAUUCUGUUGGAUUUCGUUUGGUACGAACCUCUUACCAGAUCAAAGGCUGACAAUUAUGCAGCUCAAAGAGCAAGAGAUUUCCACGUUGGAUGGUUUCUUCACCCCAUUGUAUAUGGUGAGUAUCCAAGAACGAUUCAAGAAAUUGUUGGGGAUAGGCUACCCAAGUUCACAAAAGAAGAGGUCAAGAUGGUGAAGGGUUCAAUGGAUUUUGUGGGGAUCAAUGAAUACACUGCUUACUAUAUGUAUGAUCCGCAUCAACCAAAACCAAAAGCUUUGGGCUACCAGCAGGACUGGAAUGCUGGAUUUGCUUAUGCCAAGAAUGGAGUGCCUAUUGGUCCACGAGCAUAUUCUUAUUGGCUCUACAAUGUACCAUGGGGUUUGUACAAAGCUUUAAUUUACAUUAAAGAGCAUUAUGGAAACCCUACUGUGAUUUUAUCUGAAAAUGGAAUGGAUGACCCGGGAAAUGUCACACUUUCAAAGGGAUUGCACGACACCACAAGAAUCAACUUCUACAAAGGCUAUUUGACUCAGUUGAAGAAGGCAGUUGAUGAAGGAGCAAAUGUUGUUGGCUAUUUUGCAUGGUCGUUACUCGACAACUUCGAAUGGAGAUUAGGCUACACUUCGAGGUUCGGAAUUGUCUAUGUUGAUUUCACCAACCUCAAGAGGUACCCAAAGAUGUCUGCCUAUUGGUUCAAGCACCUACUUCAGAGAAACAAGCAUUAAUCAGCCAGCUAUGUUUUGGUUGAUUAGGAAGUACUGUUUUAUGCAAUAAAGCUAUCUACUACUAUAGAGUUAAAUAAGUUCCUUACUUUGUUCUUAGGUUCUUCUCUUUUAUUCAGUUCUAAACACUGAUCAUGUUUCUCUGUUAUUAUGAUCAUAUGACUCAACCAAGUCAAUAAAGAACUUUAGGAUUGCACAAAAA